ACCCUCGCCCGUCGCGGCUGGAGAGCUGCUCUCGGCGCCAGCGGGCAGCAGCGCGUCGUCAGCCAGCACAGCCAGCCGAAGACCAAGCCGGAGGGCUGGGGCUGCGCAGGAGACCUGCACACCCGCGGCGCGGAACCCGGGCGAUUUCUGUCUUUCUUUCAUGCUCCUUUCUUUCUCUUAAACCCAAACAAAACCAACCCCCAAACUCCCCUGUUCCCACCGCAACUUGGAGGAGCGGUGGACUGAUAUGAAGGAACUGACGCAGAGGUUUUAUUCACGAACCUUGAAGAAGUUCUGGGCAAGUGACUCGACAGGACCCGCGGGGCCUGGGGUAGCCCCAGCUCCCGGGGAUAGUUCAGUCUGGCAGUGCCCUCUGGCAGCCAGCCCGCAGCUGCGGGUAGGGGUGUGGGCUGCCCCCUGAUUUCGCUUUGGGAAUAAUAAUGACACUACCCGUAGCCUGGAUCCAGGUGGCCUCGCUCGGCGAUUGUCCCCACCAGGUUUGAUUGCCACUGCGGCUCAGAUACUCUAAACUGUAGCCAAUAUGAUGGAUGAUGACACUGAACUGAGGACUGAUGGAAACUCUUUGCUGAAGGCUGUAUGGCUGGGGAGGCUCAGGCUGGCCAGACUGCUCUUGGAAGGGGGAGCUUACAUCAAUGAAAGCAAUGACAAAGGCGAAACAGCUCUCAUGGUGGCGUGCAUCACCAAGCACGUGGACCAGCAAAGCAUCAGCAAGUCCAAGAUGGUGAAAUACCUGCUGGACAACAGGGCAGACCCCAAUAUCCAAGAUAAGUCUGGCAAGACCGCCCUCAUCCAUGCGUGCAUCAGAAGAGCUGGAGGAGAAGUGGUCUCCUUAUUAUUGGAGAAUGGAGCAGACCCCAGCCUUGAGGAUCGCACUGGGGCUUCAGCUCUGGUUUAUGCAAUAAAUGCAGAUGACAAAGAUGCGUUGAAACAUCUCCUCGAUGCCUGCAAAGCCAAAGGGAAGGAGGUGAUUAUUAUCACAACAGAUAAGUCGUCUUCAGGCACCAAAACCACCAAACAGUAUCUUAAUGUCCCGCCUUCACCCAAAGUAGAAGACAGGCAGUCGCCUCCACUGUGUGCAUCUCCCUCUGACAUAGAGCUGAAGGCCCCAGGCCUGGACUCUCCACCCGCUGAGAAGGAAGAUCGCUUCUUCAGCCUCCAAGCAGGGCAUCCAAGCAGUUGCAACACCUCCAAGGCUCUUAAUGAGCCUGGAUCACCGACCAGGAAAGUCAGUAAUCUCAAAAGGGCCCGUUUGCCCCAACUGAAGAGGCUCCAGUCUGAACCUUGGGGCCUGAUUGCGCCCUCGGUGCUGGCAGUCUUGGCGCGUCAGGACGAGACCCAUGGUGCCAGCACAGACAACGAGGUCAUCAAGAGCAUCAGUGAUGUGUCCUUCCCUAAAAGGGGGCCCCUCUCCAGAACCAAUAGUAUUGAUAGCAAAGACCCUACCCUUUUUCACACAGUCACAGAGCAGGUUCUAAAGAUUCCAGUCUCUUCAGCACCGGCAUCCUGGAAAGCAGCCUAUGAAAAAGGUCAGGCUCCCCACCCACGUCUGGCCAGGAGAGGAACGCUCCCUGUUGACCAAGAGAAGUGUGCUAUGGGUCCGUCAGGGCCCUCUGCUCUCAAGGAGCCAGCCUCCUUCAAACGGCUGGAAAAUGACCUCUACGACUUAGAUUCACAGCCAGGGCCUGACCCUCCCAACCCCAUUGUCCUUGAAUCCAGCAAAGGACCUUUAGAUAGAAAGAAGCUCAACAGCUCCCAUUUGUCUCUUUUCCAUGGCUCUCGGGAGUCCCUGGACGCCGUGCCUAGCACAUCCCCCAGCUCAGCACGCCGCAGGCCUCCACAUCUUCUAGAACGACGAGGAUCUGGAACUCUGCUCCUCGAUCGCAUUUCUCAAACUAGGCCUGGCUUCCUGCCGCCUUUAAAUGUGAAUCUGAACCCACCUAUUCCGGAUAUUAGAUCUAGCAGCAAAUCUUCUUCCCCUCUUGCUAGUGGCUUUAAAUCUAUGGUUCCUGCUGCUCCAACUUCACCAAAGAGAGUUGACUUAAGAAGUAAAAAGAAGCUCCUCAGAAGGCAUUCUAUGCAAAUUGAACAAAUGAAGCAGCUGUCUGAUUUUGAAGAAAUCAUGACCUAGAAGUUUUAGAAAGGCUUAAAAAAAAAUCUAUGUAGUUUACGGAAGGGGCUAUAGAUGAGACUGCUUCCUGAUCAUUCCUUAAUGUUGAAGUGUGGUCACUUCAGAAGGUAUGAAAGCAGGUUGCUGCUUCACCUCUGAGAAUAAUCCCCGGGUUUUUAUAGGCCUACUUGAAAAGAGCUCAGGAUAAUUGGGUUUUGAAGAUAAAAAUUUUAAAAAUUCUCCAAAGAAAGAAAGCCUUUGAGUUUGAAGGUAACAGAGAGUACAGUGUUCUAAACUGAGGACACCAGUAAUUUUCUAUUAGACAAACAGAAAGCAAGAAUGUAAAUCAGGAGGUAGUACUUGGAGUACUUCAUUUGUAAUAAAUCUAUUAAGUGCCUACAUAGAAAAUGAGGCUUUAACAUUUGUUAGAAUGUACAAAAACCCCAAACCAACCCUUCAGUGACUAAAUCUGGGUAUCUGGCUUCUAUCUGAUGCAGUAGAGGCAGAUUUCCCCCAUGGAAGAGGCUCUGGCCUGUGGGUCCUGGCCCUGACUCUCAAGGAACUGUAAAUCGCGGUGUGGUUAAAAUUGUUUAGCUCUCCAGUGAUAUACCCUGUUCACAUACUAAUUUGUGUGUACUCUGAGUACCCAAAUAGCCAAUCCGUGUGGCCCCUGAAUUAUGAUAUGUCAUGGUAGCGGAUGCCUUAGAGACAAAUCUUGCUCUGGGAAUGAAACUUUCCCCAGACACAGGCUCUUGUGUUGAAAUCUUGUGAAAAGCAGUCAAGGUUAACUAACUUGGAGUUGAAUGUUAUACAAUUAUAGAUUACGGCUAUAAGAAGCAUUUCUAGAUUAUUCUCAAAACUCAAAGGACAACUGAGGAUGGGGUAUGCAUAGAUUAAAAGGUAAAGUACGUGAUUCCCAGGUUAGAAGCAGUGGGGACCAUUCAUUUUUCAGCCUAAAGAUUUUAGUGGAUGCAAACUGUCAUUUUCCCUUCAGUUAUCUAGGUAAUUGAAGAAAAAUCUGAUUUCUUCUCUUCCUGAAUUAUCUAGGUGAGAAGAGAUUUGCAGAAAUAACCUGUGCAGCCCUUUUAGGCUGCUUUGAGCAAACCCAAGAAGGGAAGUAGAAACCUAACACAUUUGGUAUAAUGUCGCCACAUCUUAGAUGAAUAUAUUUUUGGCUAUUCCCAUUUAUGUUUCCCCUCUUGCUGCUGAGAUCUAUUUGCUCUAUAGUUAAAAAGCUCAGUAGUUCCUGAGGACAGCAUCAUGUAGAGGGAAGCGUAAGGGCUUUGAGUUUGACAUAUUUGGAUUUGCAUACCAGUCUUACCAUUUACCAGCUGUGUGACCUUGAGCAGGCAGCUUAACUUUUCUGAAUCUCUGUCCCCUCAUAUGUAAAAUAGGAUUAGUAAUGCUUCACCGUACAGGGUUGUGGUGAGAAUUAAAUGACACAGUGUAUGAAUGUGCCUGCCAUUGUGCCCGGCACAGAUAGAAGUCACUGGUUAAGAAGCAAUUUCAAUUUAUUUGAGAUUGCUGAAGCAAUAUCUCAAAUAAUAUACCUACUACACAAAAUGGAAUAAAGUUUACCUGGAAAAGUUCAAGUAUCUCCAUGAGAUCCCCAGUUACUUGUAUAAGUACUGAUCUCUAAACUCAUGCGUAAAGUAAAAAAUUCUGCCACAUAAAAUCUACAUAUGAUACAAUUUUUCAAUAAUUACCGUUGCUAGAAAUUCAUCUGAAUAUUCAAAAAAAGUAAUGAUGGUUAAACAAACAAGCUUGGGGGUGUGUUUGGAGGGCUGUCUGUCCUGUGCAUUGUAGGAUAUUUAGCAGCAUCCCUGGCCUCCACCCACGAGGUGGCAGUAACACCCUCUCCCCAGCUGUGACAACCAAAAGUAUCUCUAGACAUGGCCAGAUUUCUCCUGGGGCAUCACCUCGGUUGCUCUCACCUGCUAGACCUAUUGAAUGCAUGGUAGGCAUAUGUCAAGAACAACAAAGCCGUAUGGAAAUGUGGGUGCUGACUGGCCAGCUAGACUCUCCUGUUAAGACAAUUCAAGUUGUGCUUUAGUAAGACGACUAACCAACACUAGUGGUGGGCCUUCAGGAUUCUUGGCAAACGCAGUCAAACAUGAGGGCUAAUGGUCUCAUACUUUGUAGGAAGGGAAGAAAAUAAGGAAAGCACAUAAUUAGCCAAAAUCUAUAGCUCAUGAACUUGGUUUGGUGCAGACAACUCUGUUAUUUUCAGAAUCAUUAAAUCAUUAAUAGUUUUUAUCAAGUAGAAACAAUCCCAGGCAAAGAAACAACUUUCCAAUGCAUGAAAGAGAGAAUCAUACAGACACCCAUCAUUCUCAGCAGCUCAUUAAAUGCAAACACACACACACACACACACACACGCACACACACACACACA